AUGAAGCAGUACCUAUCUCUCCCAGCGUUCGACAAAGUGACGAGCGCCCUCAACUUUGAUACACCCGAUUGUCACAUACAAGGCAGCUGUGAUCUUUACACGACCAAGGCCGCCGGUUCGGACAAGAAGCUCUACAAGAAUAUCUCCCAAUCCCUCGAGUCACAACAUGCCGCCCUUCUCAAGUUCGACGCAAGCCUUUCCCCACCUCGGCGCAGUUCAAUGGCAGCGAGUCUUAACCUGGAGCGCUCCUCGCCCUUUGGCUCCCUAAACGAGGUGUCGAACCGGCGCACCUUCGCCUACCUUAUCGCGACCCUCAACGCAUCGCACACUGAUUAUGACUUCUCCAAGGUUCUCCGCCCGGGCGAUUUCAAGCGCGAGAAUGUCUUGCGCUCCGUCAUGACCCACAUUGACAACACACUCCGCAGCGUGCGACCAAACACCAACUUCCUCGACCCAAUGGCCGCUUAUGACUCCCCGUCCUCCAAGGUGUCCGAGUUUGACACGGGCGUCUCACCAUCCCCACCUUGGGGCCCUGAGAUGUGGUCGUUGAUCGACCAGGAGAUGGAUCUGAAGGAGUGCAGCAUCUUCUCAUACCAACCCGCCAAUGACCCCUUUGAGGACGAUGAGGGUGCCAUCUGGGCCUUCCACUACUUCUUCUUCAACAAGGCCUUGAAGAGAGUCUGCUACAUCCACGUUAGAGGCGUGCCUGUCAUGAGCCAGAGCCCCAGUGUCAGACCGCAUGCCCUCUUGUCGCGGGGAAGCACCCAGUCGUGGGCCGACAAUCAGGAUGAUGACACUGUUGGCGCGAACAAGCGAGCCAUCUUCUGGUUAGGCGAUAGAAUCGCCGAGCGGAUCGAAAUCAGUGACGAUGACAUGGAUGACGGUUUAAUAUGGAACCGCGAUGCCGACGGCGACGUCUCUUACCACUACGACGACGAUGACGACUACGAUUACGAUGACGACCUGGACCUGGCUGCCGACGACAGCCACUUCGGGCGGGGUGUGAGCGAGGACAUCGCUUCGAGGAUGGAGAUUGACGUCUAAAGAGUUUGGCGUUUUCCAAGCUUUUGUUUACGUAACCGCCCCAUCGCCACCGACGGUUGUAUUUUGUCAUUAUUUACGCAAUCCUGUGCUUUUCGGGAUUAUUUUUUUCAGCAUCGUAAAGGGGUGCACUACGACCUCGGCUUUAAUUUCCAUUCAACAUUGUCGGGUGCGCAUGAUACCCGAACGAGGUGUACUAACUGAGAUGCCUCUACGCGUCAUGACCUCUUGUACUUUCCUUCUUCGUGUUCUUUUUGGUUUCUUGUUUUGUUUUAUGGGCUUUAAUUCGGCGUGCUUGAUGGGUUUUGUAUCGCAGGUUCGAUGGAUGGCAGGUGGACAAUAUACACACACAACAUGCAUUUGGGCCGGGUAGGAGGUGUUCUGUUACGCAUAAGGGUGGACAAGGUAUUCAAGGGGCGCUUUUGGUUCUCAGGUCAGUGAGAGAGGCGCUGUGAAUCGGAGUUCUUGGGUGGGCGGGCAUGUUUGGUUUGCGAGGGGACUUGAGUAUAUGUUCUUCUAGCGUGUACAGUCAGUCAUAUUUGAUGACAAGAAUUCAAUUUUAAGUAUUAUGACUUGGCCUCUGUUUUGCUAUUGACCGUUUUUGAACCAGUCAACGCUCCC